UACAAACCUACUAUAAACCAUAAUGGCGAAUCCAUUUUUGAUGGACGAUGACUUGGAUGGCGUUGACGCCGAUCCCACAGCGAACCCUUUCUUCACAAAAGUCGAUGCUGAAGAGGGUGAAGCAGAAACAGAGAAUCCUUUCUCGGGACAAUCGAAUCCAUUUGCAUUUGGCGAUGAACCUGAUGACGGUCCAGCACCAGCGUCGGAUAUUGAUCCAGCGAUGAGCUUCUUUGGCACAACUAUCGAAGCGGAGGAUGAUGCACUUAGCAUUAAGUCUACAGCUGAAGAAGAUGAUGAAACUUCUAAAAGAGGUCCACCACCAAGGCCAGUGCCACCACAAACACAAGAACUUAUUAAUACAGUUUCUAACCAAAUGGAGGAGACAAGUUCUGAGUUACUCGGUCGCAUACCAGCUACUCGUUCUCCUAGUCCUGUUUCAAUGCGUGACUUACAUUCACCCAGUCCUACACCAGAUUCUGGUUUGGCAGACUUGCUAGACGUAUCAGAUAGUGGUUCGUCUGGUAAUAUGCAUGGAUUCGAAAUGGAUCUAGUCGGUAGUGGUACUAACAAUAGUGCAGAUAACCCCUUCGGUGUGCCAACAGCCAUUCCUAGCUUACAUGGCGCAACACCUAUGCCAUCACCAGCAAAGCAACAACCUCCGCGACCACCACCACCACGUCCAGUACCACCAAGGCCGGCACCACCAAAUGGCAUACCAGCGCAACGCAAUCAACCACCUCCACGACCAACUCCCCCAGCUCCGGAGCCAGCUACUCAGCCCGCUGCUGAGGUGGCAGAUAGUGAAGAUCUAUUCGAUAUGUUUGGCACAACCAAACCAUCUAAACCACCACCACCAAAGAGCAAGGAAGACAUACUAAGUUUGUUUGAAAAGCCAGCACAACCAGUAUCCAAACCAGAUCUAUUAAGCGACGAUCUUGUACUUGAACCUUCACCAGAAAUGCCAGAUGACGAACAGAAUAAAGAAAUAGAAGAUCCUAUUUUCAGUUCUAUGCUAACUCGACCUGAUGAGAGCACACACGACAUUACAUCUCAACCACAGGCAGCAGAUUUAAACAUAUCGUUGAUAAAUAAUGUGGAAAGAAAAGAACUGGUAGUCGAUGACACAAAACCACGUGCACCAACUCCGGACAUUGAAAUAACGACUGUCGAAGAUCUUCCACGUUCUGACGAUGAAGAUGAGCCAGAGCCAGUAAAACCAGCACCACCGGUGGUCAUUGAAACCAAGCCAAGUCCCGACGAAGAUGAUGAAGAACUAGAAAAAGAUGAAAAAGAGGUUGUACCAGCGGCUGCAGAACCGGCAGCCUUUACAUCUGUCGAUUCCGAUCACAGUCCUCCUACGGAGUCAGGAGCAACCACGCAGGCUCUGCCAGAGUCAUCUUUAGAGGCUAUUACCGAACAGCAGAAUAGUGAGUUUGAGCAAAUGGAUACGGGUCUGGAUUUUGCACCGGCUAGUGCUGUUCCCAGUGGUGCUGCCUCUGCAAAUCCAUUUGCUAGUCCAGACGAAGAAGAAGAGACCUAUCCUCCGGCUUCUGCGGUGACGAAUAUAUUUGCAGUCGACGAUAUUGACCCUACACUGGUGACCAACAUCUUUACUACAGCGACAGACACCAUGACAACCUCUGCCGUGCCAGUUAAUAUUUUUGCACCGGAUCCUGAACCAGAAGCUAUCACAGUAAAUUCAUACGCAGCUAAUAACAUCUUUGCCAGCGAGCCAGAUGAAUUUGACGCUUUCUCGGCCAAAUUUGAUUCUGUUAAGAAGGAUAACGUGAGCAUACUGGAUGGCUUUGGUGGUUCGGGUGCUGUUACUCCCUCAGGCGGUGACGCUUGGGGUGACAGUGCAUUUGGUUCACCUGCUGCGACAACUAAUGUCUUUGGCGGGACCGAUGGCUUCGAGAAUGAGGAUGACGACUUCUACGCAAUGAAAGCACCAGUACGUGCCGAUUCGGUUGAGUCCGUAGACAAGGAAUUCAAUGUCGUAAUACGGCCUAAAGGUGAAAGCACACAGGGAAUUGCACCACAAUUGGCACCGCCGCCACCACCAGCUCGUAGUGCCGUCGGUCAAGUUUCCAGCGAUACAUCGCCUGUUGUCAAUCCCUUCGAAGACACUGGCUUCCCGGCACCGGCGGCGAUAAGUGAAGAAAACAAAGUAAAACGCACAGACUCACAGGAUACACCACAAACGCCGUUGUUCGACGAAGAUGUCUCGCAGCCGCUCGAAGAUUUCCCGCGUCUGAACUAUGUCGGCCCCGGCUGGGAAAUGCAAUUGCGUCAACCAAACAAAAAGAAGAUAACUGGCCAAAGAUUUUGGAAGAAAAUAUUUGUACGCCUAGUAAUACAGAACGAUGUACCCGUAGUGCAGUUGCUUAAUCAGGUCUCAGACAAACAGCCAUUCCAAGAAUUGCCGCUGCAGCCCUCAUACUCCGUCUCGGAGAUUGGAGCACAACAAUACGAUCAGUUUGGCAAAAUCUUUACCAUAAAACUACAAUAUAUCUUCUAUAAAGAGCGUCCCGGUGUGCGACCUGGUCAAGUAACCAAAGCCGAACGUAUUACCAAUAAGCUGACGAAAUUUGCACAAUAUGCCAUUGCGGGUGAUUACGAAGGUGUGAAAGAGUUCGGUAGUGACUUGAAGAAGCUGGGCUUACCGGUUGAACAUGCACCACAGUCGUCGCAAUUAUUUAAAAUUGGCUCAAUGAAUUACGAGGAUAUGAAGCAGUUCUCCAUCUGCAUCGAAGAGGCGCUCUUCCGAUUGCCCGCGUUGCGUGAACGUGCGCUCACAUAUAAAAUGGAGGAGGUACAAGUAACGGCGGUCGACGAAAUCGUUGUGGAACAAGAUUAUGAGGGCAAAAUUUUGAAGCAAAUAGCGCGUGUACGUCUUUUCUUUCUAGCUUUUCUAACGGGUAUGCCCUCAAUCGAGUUGGGCGUAAACGAUAUGUGGCGUCAAGGCAAAGAAGUGGUGGGUCGACAUGACAUCAUACCGGUGGCCACAGAAGAGUGGAUCCGUUUGGAAGCUGUAGAGUUUCACAGCGUGGUGAAUCAGGAGGAGUAUGAGAAGACGCGUACAAUUAAGUUCCAGCCACCGGAUGCGAAUUAUAUAGAGUUACUACGUUUCCGUGUGCGUCCACCCAAAAAUCGCGAACUUCCAUUACAACUGAAGGCCACAUGGUGUGUAACUGGUAAUAAGGUGGAGUUGCGUGCAGACAUACUGGUGCCGGGCUUUACAUCGCGCAAAUUGGGACAAAUACCAUGCGAAGACGUCUCGGUACGGUUUCCCAUACCGGAAUGUUGGAUCUACUUGUUCCGCGUAGAGAAACACUUCAGAUAUGGCUCCGUUAAGUCCGCUCAUAGACGAACCGGUAAAAUCAAAGGCAUUGAGCGCAUUCUCGGCGCUGUCGAUACGCUGCAAGAGUCACUUAUUGAAGUCACUUCUGGACAAGCGAAAUACGAACAUCAUCAUCGCGCUAUCGUCUGGCGCUGUCCACGUUUGCCAAAAGAGGGCCAAGGCGCUUAUACUACACAUCAGCUUGUUUGUCGUAUGGCGCUAACUUCCUACGAUCAGAUACCCAGCGAGCUGGCGCCCUACGCCUUCGUUGAGUUCACAAUGCCGGCGACACAGGUCUCGCAUACAACAGUGCGUUCGGUGAGCGUACAAGAUUCGGAUUCCGAUGAGCCGCCAGAGAAAUAUGUGCGCUAUUUGGCACGUCAUGAAUAUAAGGUUGGCAUCGAGACGACACACGGCGAGUCUACAAACGCAUAUUUGGCAGCUACGCGCCCGAUACGUGAGGAGCCAACGCCUAAACCUGUGGCAUCUCCUGUGCCACCAAGCGAUUCGGAUACCGAUUCGAAUUAAGCAUGAAUUUAAAAAAAUAUACAAAAUUACUCAAAAUACAAACAUACAUACACACAGUGAUGUAUAGCAAAACAAAUAAAACUGUACUAUUGUAGAAAGAAAUUAAGCAAAAAGCAUAAGUAAUGGUUAAAAAACGCUUACACACACAUCUAGAUACAUAACCAAGUUGAUUUUUAAAAGGUUAGUAAUGACAGCAGCAUUGCGUCGAGAACAAACGCAUAUGAAUUUGUGGUGUAUUUCUAUGGCCAAGGGUAAAUACAUAGAAAAACAUAGAAGAACACAGAGCAACAUAUGAAUACAUUUCUGCUGUGCUUCUAUAAUGUGGAUGAAUACAUAGAAAAACAUAGAAAAUCAUAUUAAUACAUAGAAAAUCAUAUGUAUUUAUCUCUAGUGAAAUUCGAUGAUUUUUUAUAAGUAUAUAGAAACACAUACAAAAACAUAGAAAAACGCACUUCUAUGAUGGUUUAUAAACGCAUAAAAAAACAUUGAAAAACCAUAGAAAAUCGUAUGUAUUUACAUAUAUUCCCUUAAUUUCUCUGAUGGUUUAUAAAUACAUGGAAGCACGUAGAAAAUAUAGAAAUAUGAAUUUGUUUCUAGUGCAUUUGUAUGAUGGUGGAUAAAAACAUAGAAAAACAUAGCAAACAAUAUGUAUUUAUUUUUAGUGCUUUUCUAUGAUGGUGAACAAAAACAUAGAAAAACAUAGAAUAUCAUAUGUAUUUAAGCAAGGCAUGUGUAACAUAGCUUCAAAUAGCAAAAACAAAAGCGGCGCUUAUGUUAAAAAAAAAGUAGCAAAAAAUACAAGUUACGAAAGCCUCUGAGUUCAUGCUGGCAGCAACGUUGUAGACCAACCACAUCGAAGCAAUAUAGUAUUAUAUGCUGCAUAUACUCGUAUUGCGCGUAGUUAAAGGAUAUUCAAAAGGAUAACAUUAUAUAACACAUACAUAUUUAAAUUAAAUUAUAGCAAACAGUUAUUUCGCUCAUAAUUCGAAAGGACACUGUAAUGCGCGUUAGUAAUGAAGUAUAUACAUAGUACAUAAUUCAUAUAUUAUAUAAUAUAUACUAAAGGCAUACACUCAUACAUGCAUACGUAUGUACAUACUUGGGUACUCAUACAUAUUAGCGGACAAUAAGAAUUUGAAGAGCACGCGUUUGUCGUUUCAGCGAAGCGUCUACACAUAAACACACACAUGCAACAUACGUAGAACUCUAUUAUUGCAUUAUGUAUGUAUGUACUUACUUAAUUAUGACUUAUGCAAAUAUCAGGUAUAUUUAUAUAACUUUUACGCUUUAAUUGUUACAACAAGUUAUGAUUACAAAGAUUACAAAAUAUAUAUAUGUGUAUAUGCAUCGUAUUCAAUUCUAUUAAUUUAUAGUUUUUCACUUUGAAAAUUAAUGAGUUUAUGCAAACGAAGCACUUGCACUAAUUAAUAUUGAAAUUAUAUAUAAGCGUGUAUUAACUUUAUU